UCUUGUCUGGAGUUGCUAAUUUGCCUGCAGUCUCUCUCGUCCCGCCCGUCUCUUGCACGCUCACUAGCUCCUGCACGCUGUCUGCCCUCCAGCCUCUUUAUCGAGAGUUUACCUUUCCUCGUUGUUCCUCUAACAUGACUCUUCUUUCUGUGCUUCCCAAUUCCUGUCUCUGAUCUGCCGUCCCUCCUCCCCUCUUUACCUCGUCUACCCUCCAUCUCUCCCUUUGACCUACUGUCGCCCUCCCUUGUCUCUUCUGAAUGUGGGGCGGCAGGAAUUAGUCCCACCUGUAUUGCGGCCCGCGUGGCCCCAGGAUGUCGGCUCUGCAGAAGCUGGAGAGCUUUGCCUCCCGGGUGUUCAGCCGGGGACCCCGCAGCCCAGCUCCGGGAAGAGAGGCCGUGCUCCCCAUCAGCCCUCAGGCGCCCAGCCUACCCAGCAACGUGUUGAGCUGGGACCGGGAGAUGAAAGAAUUCCUGGCAAAAGCGAAGGAAGAUUUUCUGAAGAAAUGGGAGAAUCCCGCACAGAACACUGCUCAUCUGGACCAGUUUGAGCGUAUUAAGACUCUGGGUACCGGCUCCUUUGGUCGAGUGAUGCUCGUUAGGCACAAGGAAAAUGGUCAUCAUUAUGCCAUGAAGAUCUUGGACAAGCAGAAGGUGGUAAAGUUGAAGCAGAUUGAGCAUACGCUGAAUGAAAAACGCAUCCUGCAGGCUGUAAACUUUCCAUUCCUUGUGCGGUUGGAGUAUUCAUUCAAGGAUAACACUAAUCUGUACAUGGUCAUGGAGUAUGUAGCUGGAGGCGAGAUGUUCUCUCAUCUGCGCCGGAUCGGGCGCUUCAGUGAACCUCACGCACGCUUUUACGCGUCUCAGAUUGUAUUAACAUUCGAAUAUCUGCACUCCUUGGAUCUUAUAUACAGAGACCUGAAGCCAGAGAAUCUGCUCAUAGACCAGCAGGGCUACAUACAGGUUACGGAUUUUGGCUUCGCCAAGAGAGUGAAAGGGCGAACCUGGACUCUUUGUGGGACCCCAGAGUACCUGGCACCUGAAAUUAUCCUCAGCAAGGGGUACAAUAAAGCUGUGGAUUGGUGGGCCCUCGGGGUCCUGAUAUAUGAAAUGGCUGCUGGGUAUCCACCAUUUUUUGCUGAUCAGCCCAUUCAGAUCUAUGAAAAGAUCGUGUCUGGAAAGGUGCGAUUCCCUUCUCACUUCAGCUCUGAUUUGAAGGAUCUCCUUAGAAACCUUCUGCAGGUCGACCUCACCAAACGAUUUGGGAACCUGAAGAACGGUGUUUCUGACAUUAAGGGCCACAAAUGGUUCAGCACCACAGACUGGAUUGCAGUCUACCAAAAGAAGGUGGAAGCUCCCUUCAUCCCCAAGUGUAAGGGCCCCGGUGACACCAGUAAUUUCGAUGAUUACGAGGAGGAAGAGAUUAGAGUCUCCAUAACAGACAAGUGCGCCAAAGAAUUCUCAGAGUUCUGAGCACAUCUGGAGGACCCAUCACAGCGAAGACUCCUCUCAAUCACGAGAGACCGAUGAAGAGAGCGCCGCUGACAGGCACACAAACUUGUCCCUCCCUUUCACACUCCCCACCUCUUUCUCUCUUGUAUUAGUGGUGCAGAUUUGACUUGGCCGCCAUCUUAUUUUAUCCUGGAUCUGGUGGUGCUGGUUUGGAUUGGUCCUGGAGAUCCUCCCCCAGUCUCUCUCAUCCCCUGCCAAUCCCCUUACCCUUUUCUUUAUCUCCUUGUCAGAUCAGAGGGGCCAAGAGUUAUUUAAAUGAGUGACUGGUUCUUCUGGGGCUGAGUUAGAACCUUAGGGGCACGGUUACAUCCCUCAGGGAUGGAGCCUUUAUAUUUUUUUUUGUUUUUGUUUUUUUUAACCAUUUUCUUGUCAGGUUUUUAAUCAUUGAUUUACAUAGUAUAUAAAUAUUGAACUGUUUUAAUCUGAAUUCUCACCCUCCUCCAUCAUUUUGCCCCUCUUACCGUCCUUGGGGGACUUUUAAACUUAAAGUGCCAGUUUUUAACCCCCAGCUCACGCCACCAUUUUUUUUUUCUUUUCACGCACCUAACCACAUGCCUUUCUAUUGAUCCCUUCCUCCAUCAUUGAUACCAUGCCGCCUUCUGGAAGGUCCUCUCCUGCCAGAACAAAUAUCUGCUUUACUCACUAUAAAAAGGCGUUUGUGUAUUC